AGAUAUCUCCAUUACAUACCAGGAUCGAAGGGAGUUCGUCUCUUGCGGACUGCACACCAACCUACAUAGUCCGUUGUUAUCUACUUCCCUUCACUUUGGAAAAAAUCCAUCUUUUUUGCUCGCCCAACACAAAAAAGACAAGACGGCACGAUGCAAAAAGACCACGGUUACGUCUUCUACCCCUACCUGGCUGACCAGGAAUUCGUCGAGGUUUGCCACCACUUCGACAGACGAUACCGCCAGGCAAAACUUGGCGAGACCAGGCGACGGUGGAAAGUAGACGUGCUCUCAGCAGUUGACGCGCAGACCAUUUUCGCCUACGGCCCGGAGCGGUACACAUGGCUUCAAAUUACUCGGCCCCUGGAAAAGCCGGAUGAUGGAGAUUUGUCGUCGUGCCUGGACGGCUUCUCCUUUAACGAACCCCAAGCGAGCCAGGAGAUGGACGUGGAGGCCGACAGCGAGAUGUUGUCGAUGGAGGAGGCUGACCAGGCCGUCAUCACCAGGUCGUCUCCGCCCAACGGAUCCGAGGCCGGGCAAUAUGGCUAUGUCCGAUAUGAGGCGCAUCUGCAUCCGACAUUCCGGACUCCGUGCUUGUGGUUCAGCUUGUACGGCCUGCCGGCAGACGAGGAUCCCUUCAGCAUCGACACGGUAUUCCGGCGACUGGUGCCGGACGAGUUUAAGGCAGGACUGCGAACCAGCAUCGGUACCGUGGACGGCAUCUCGCUCGCGAUCCUAUUUGACGGCCUAGACUAA